AAAUAUCGGAGGAAUUGGUAGAAGGCGACUACAUCCUCAUUGAUUCUGAACCGAGUGGCAAACUGUCUUCAGUGCAGCACAUGAUCUUAGGUGAUAUCACCAAGCAAUCAGCAGCAAAGCAAGUCUUUAUCGGAGGGGCCACAGGAUGGGUGUCGGGCUAUUUAGCCAAGCAGGUUGGGAAGACAGCGGCCAUUGCUGUCGGUGGCUCUAUACUGCUUAUUCAGCUGGCCCAGUACAACGGCUACAUCACAGUAGACUGGACCAAGGUUCGUCGGGCCCUCACUCGGGCACGGGCACAGGCAGAGAAAGAGUACCGGAAGCGCCACUCAUCUUAUUUUGAGAGUGCAAGGAGAUUCUACCAAGACAAUUUCUUUCUGGCCACGGGCUUUGCUGGAGGUCUCCUGGGUGGAUUGUUCAUCUGAGCUGGGUUGUACGUUGGGGCCAUGGCGGCGCGCCACAGUUUGUUACUGCUGUUCUUUAGCUGAGCGAAUGUUGUAAACAAUGAGACACAGUUAGGUAACUAUCUUUGUCCUUGAGAAUCCCUUCAAUGUUUUGCAGAUUUUUUAGGACAGUUAUAAAGAAUGAUUCAGCCUUAUAAUAUAUGACUUUUGUUGAUUUUUACUAGGUGCCCAUGCUAUACUUAGUAAGAUUUACAGAUUUUGUCAACGGUUUACUCUAGUUCUUAGGUGAAUGGUUAAUCUUGUUUUUUUUCUUCAAAUGCUAGUCUGUUUUAGAUGGCUUAUUUUCAGCUUUUAGAGUUAAAAACAUUUGUGUACAAUACAGUAUUAGCGUUUACCCGACUGAAAUGCAUGCAUUAUAUUGAUAUUAUUAUACGAGUGGUAUUCCAAGGGGAAUCGUUCAGUUAGGGCUGUUAAAGUGUUGUCUAAUGUCUUUUUCUUGUUUUUGAUAUAUGCACUUUAGUCUCUUGUCCUUUUUUCUUUGAUUUUCUUCUUAGAAGAGAAUUUUUUGCCCUUAUUAAAGAUUUUCCCGAGAUAAUAUCUGACUCGCAGAGUUCUGGAAGAGACAAGGGCACAGCCAUACGAGUGCUUGUCUAUAGAUAUAAUAAGUAAGCAAGGUAAACUCCACAGAGGACAAUUUAAUAAGGCAAAGAUUAAAAAGAUAAUUUUGUCCCAUUUGAAAUGAUUUUUUUUCUUCAUUAUAAAGUGCAUGAAAAUGUAUUCAAGAAUAUAGCCAAAUAUCAGCUAUAGUUUUGUCCAUAUGGCUCACUCAACGUGAUUUCUGUUGUGAAAGAAGGCAUUUAAAAUUCUGCAUCAAAUUUAUUCUUGUUUAAAUUUGUGUGAAUCCAAAAUAUAUGAUCUAGUCAUGUGACUUUAUUCGUGCCUUUUACUUUAAAAAAAGCAUGAUAUAGCAGUAAUUCAAGUGUUCAAAGUUUUGAAAGUAGGUAGAAAAUUCUACAAAGUAAAAUAUCAAUCUGGAUUCUGAAGAGCAAAUUAUUUUUUUUAGAAUUUCAUAUUUCAAAUAUUCUAAUAAACUGGCUUUCCCGGGCACCACAGGUAGAUCCUACUUCUUUACCUUCCCUCUGUUUUUUCAGUCUGUCUCUCUUGCUUUUUGCCAGCCCUAAAUGACCAUCACUGCGUCUCUGUGCUUCUCUUUACUCACACAAAACAAACAAAUGUAAGUGAAAAGUGUUUCCCUGCUAAUUUAUUUUAAGCUGACUCCCUGUGGUUGCAUAUCUAGAGGGGAAUAAUUGUCUUGAAAUCCUGAUUUUGGUUUCCCAUGGUGCUUUUGGUGUUUAGUGCAUAAACUGUGUGUAUAUGAAGAGGGUGAGACCACUCUGUGAUUGUUUCAUGUUUUCUUGGCUGUAUGCAGUAUGUAUUUGUGAAUAAAUGCCUUUGUUUUGUUUUGUGAGUGAUUGUGCACUGUAAAAUGUGUAGUAAAUAAAUAUAUGGACAUUUAUGAAUCUGGCUGUGUUGGAUCUUUUUGUCAGCUUGGGGAGUUUUUUGUUUGUUGUUUUUGUUUUUGUUUAGAUGAUGCACUAUAUUGCCAAUGAAUAUGUUGAUAAAGUAAUAAACAGAAACCCUCUUUUUACAUGUUUAAUGAAACCUUUCCUUUAACUGUGCCAAAUUAAAACUGACCAGCUUGUUUUAGUCUUAGUAACAGUUUUACGGCACUUGCAACACAAUGUUACAAUCAGUGCUUAAGAUUAGUGGUGUUACAAGCAGAAAAGAUCAGGAAGAUAGAUGUUUGAUAAGAAAGUAGGGGCAAACCACACCAGAGCACCCACCAACCACCCAUAUAACCAACUUGUGUCUUGUGGGCUCAUAUGGCAUAAACAGAUUAUUAUUAAGCAUUUACUCACGCCACAAAACUUUAAUCAAACUGCCAUUAUAAUACGAAACUUGCCUGACAAGCCGCUGUGGACAGUUUCCCCUGCAUCUCUUAAUGAGAGUUCUUGAGAUACCAACUUGAGUAGGUUCAGUUUUUUAGUAGGAUUUAAUUUUAUAAUUUAGAAUUUUGCCUGGACAGCAGCCUGAAGAAAGCCUACGCUUUCGAAUUUUAGAACUGUCAAUUAAUCUUCUAAUGUGCAAAACGUGCACACAGAAGCUGUGGAAAUCUGUGGGCCUUCAACAGAGUAGUUUGUCCAGGAGUUUAAGUUUUUUUGUUAUUCCGAUUUCUUAUUAUUUUUUUGUUUUUGUACCAUACUCUUAUAUUUUUAAAGAAUAUUAAUUCAAUCUAAUUUCUUUCUUUACUUUUUUUUCAUGUUCUUUUGAUUUGUUGACUUGCACACGCAAUCUCAUGACCAUGGUUGAAUUAAAUCAAUAAAAGAAAAGCUUAAAGCCUUA